AUAUUCAAGAUCAUUUCCCCCCCAGUUUAGAUCAGAUGUGUUUUCGAAGUGUUCCUCUAAUUUUUUUGAGCAGUGUUUAUACUUAUAUGUAUAUAUGUUUGUUAAUUUAAUUAAAAAAAAAAAAAAGCUACAGAGUGCCUCUCUGCCCGUGCCGUUGGAGGUUAUCCACACUUUGGGAUCCGCUAUCCCGGCUGGACGACCACUGCAGCCGACUUUAUGUCUCCGCCUCCGCCUUUCAACAACAACAACAACAGAGCAGCGAUCUCAGCUUGCCAGCCUCUCUGGUCCCCGAAGCCCCAUCCACGUCCAGCCUAUCGCCAAUCUCCUAAAACCGAACUCCAUUACCUGAAGUCAACACUAAUUUAAUCAAGAAACGCCAACAUGUUCACCUCCACUCGACCAGUGAAAAAGUAGUUCCAUUUUUGAAGUCCAACAGGCGGGAGUUAGCUUUGCUUUGGAAGUUUUUCCACCCCAUUUUUUUUUCUAAGCCGGGAAAGCACAGGCCUGGAGGAAAGGACAGUUAUAUGAUGUGGAUUUGGUACAUUCUACUCGGCUCAAGAACAGUUGAGAGCCAGCUGCUCCCAGGGAAUAACUUCACCACAGAGUGCAACAUCCCUGGAAACUUCAUGUGUGGAGAUGGAAAGUGUGUCCCAGGAGGGUGGCAGUGUGACGGAUUGCCUGAUUGCUUUGACAAGAGUGACGAGAAAGGCUGCCCUAAAAUCAAAUCAAAGUGUGCCCCUACAUUCUUUGCCUGUGCAAAUGGGGUCCACUGCAUCAUUGGACGCUUCCGAUGUAAUGGCUUCAGUGACUGUCCUGAUGGGAGUGAUGAAGAAAACUGCACAGGCAACCCCUUGGUGUGCUCUGAGAUGCGCUUCAAGUGUCGAAAUGGGCGCUGUGUAGACCGUAGCUUCUUGUGUAACGGUCAGGACAACUGCCAGGAUAACAGCGACGAGGAGCUUUGCCUAAGUACAGCAGAAGCUCCUGGUCAGGACUUUGUGACACUGGACUACCGUCUGCGGUACUACCCCAGCAUCACCUAUGCCGUCAUUGGUAGUGCCGUCAUCUUCGUGUUGGUUGUGGCAUUGUUGGCCUUGGUGCUCCAUCACCAGAGGAAGAGGAGUGUCCUGCUGCCCACUGGUAUAAGAGGAUCCAUGCACCACCAUCAACCGUUACUAUUGUCCCGUUUGGUCAUCUUGGAUCGAGGCCACAUGCAUCCCGCUGGUCUUUCUCCUGGUUCCCCUUCCGCAGCUGAUGAGUACAGCUCAGCUCCUCAAACAAUGCAACUCCUUUCUGAAACCCUUUGUCCAGCUGGGCUCUCUGUGGAAACGCCUCCAUCAUAUUCACAGGCUGUUCUCGAUGUCAGUCGGCCUCCCUGGUUUGAUCUUCCUCCUCCUCCUUACCGCCCAGACGGGGAAGCAGCUUCAGAGGGCGACUUGCCUCAUUACGAAAGCCACCGUGCAUCUCCCACACUCAGAACUACGUCCUUGAGCGCUCAGCCCAGUUCAAACUCAAGACAGGUGUCGGAUCAGCUCUAGCGUCUGUCUGGUCGACAGUUAACGACUGCAGGUCUGCACAAAGCAGCACAUUCCACAGUGCAGACCUGCUGAGGACACAAGACUGAACAACUCCAUUCAGAGUUGAGACUUGUAUUCUGGCUCCCCCUGCUGGACUUUUUGAAGAGCUACAUUUGCUUUAUUUCAGAAUGAGUCAUCACUUCAGAUGAAUUUGGCCCCUCUGAAGAAAUACUACCUAUUAUCUACUCAAGCAGUGACCACAGCCUUAGAUAAUUAUCUAAAGGAAGAGUGUGUUAAAGGGUGCCGCUUAGAUUAUAUUUGCAUUGUGCAGAACAGUACCUGGCGACCCGGCCUAUGAGUCUUUGACGUCCUGAUGUAUCAGACGUUUCAAUGCUUAUUGUUUCAUUGCAAUGUUAGGAGGCUACACUGGCACUUUUUCAUCACAACAACUUACCCUUUUCUUACAGCUAAAGAAUGCCAAACUGGGAUUUUUGAAAAGUUCAAAUAUUUUGGAGCAAAAAAAGGUAUAACUGGAUUAAUACUAAUACUCACCCCUAUUUGGUUUGAAAUGUUUUCCAUGGUGCCUUCAAAUGCAGCCCCUGAAUGGAGAUGUAGCUACUUGUCAGCAGAAUGUGUACAAUAUGUGUUGGUAAAACACUUUGGUGGCACAUCUGUAAUAUAUUCCAUAAUGGGAUUUUAUUUUUUACUCUGUAGAAGCUAUAAGAUACUCAAAUACAAGACAAAAGUACAAAACAUUUUGAUAUCUUAUGCCUUUCAGAAUCCUGUGAGUUUUAGCAUCUUUGAAUUGUUGCUUUACUUGCUGAAGUUUAUACACUUCACGGAAAUCCAAUUCAAUGUUAAGCUUACUGUCGUAAGAAUGUGUUAGAUGCGCAAGUGGCAGUCAUUUUAGUGGUACUUUAAAUUAGCACAUAAGCGUUGCAAUGUUUGGAGGAAUUUGGGGUGUAUUUUACAGUUUUUCCGUUGAUACUUGAUAUAUCAGUUGUUAUUUGAUAUAUACGUAUAUAUACUGUAUUUCAGAUACACAGUGUGAAGGGGACCAUCUAGAUUUCAAGUUAGUUCGAUAGGUUAAGCAACAUUUAGUUCAUCAGGUAGCAUAGUUUAGCCACUCCAGUACAUUGAUGUCAUUUCCUGCAAACUGGAAGUUAGUAAUAUGUUGGAUAUUUAACGUACAGGAUGGAUUAUCAUGAAAACGUUAAUAUGCAAUAGUGGAAAAUGCACAUGCCAGAUGAUCCGCAAGGUCUGGCGCUGCUUGGAAGCUAAUUUCUGUCCAAUAUUUAAUACCUAAAUAGUUUUACCGCUGUGGUUUUUGUGGUCGUGCAACUGUGGACCAGCUUCAUACCCUUAAUGAUGUGCAUGGUUUGCCAAAACAGUCUACGUGUGUUUUGUGGACUUGGAGAAGGUAUUCAACCGUGUACCUUGAGGAAACCUGUGUGGGGGGGGGUAUUCCCGGAGUAUGGGGUAUUGGACUGCUUGAUCUGGGAAGUUUCCUCCCUGUGCGACCAGGAACUACCUGUAUGGCCGGUGCCGGAGCUUGGUCUGCAUUGCCGGCAGCCAGACUUGUUUCCAGUGAUGUUGGAGUCCGCCAGGGCUUCCCCUUCGUCACCGAUUCUGUUCAUGACUUUAAUGGACAGAAUUUUUAGGCACAGCCUGGGCGUUGAGUGGACUGGGUCUCUGCUUUUUGCAGAUGAUGUAUCCCUGCUUGCUUCAUUGGGCCGGAAUCUUCAACUCUCACUGGAUUAGUUCGCAACCGAGUGUGAAGCGGCCGGGAUGAGAAUCAGCACCUCCUAGUCCGAGUCAGUGGUUCUCGCCCAGAAAAGGGUGGAGUGCCUUCUGCAGACUGGGGAUGAGAUCCUGCCCCAGGUGGAGAAGUUCAAGUACCUUGGGGUCUUGGUCGCGAGUGAGGGAAGGAUGGAUUGCGAGAUCAAGGGGCCGAUUGGUGCAGCGUCUACAGUGAUGCAGACUCUGCAUCGGUCUGCUGUGGUGAAGAGGGAGCUGAGUCAAAGCUCUCAAUUUCCUGGUUGAUCUACGUUCCUAUCCUCACACAUGGUCAUUAGCUUUGGGUAGCGACCGAAAGGACAAGGUCGAUGGGUACAAGUGGUUGAAAUGAGUUUCCUCUGUAGGAUGGCUGGGCUGUCCCUUUGUGAUAAGAUGAAGAGCGCUGUCAUCCGGGAGAAACUCAGAGCCGAGCCACUUCUCCUCUGCAUUGAGAGGAGCCAGAUGAGGCGGCAUGAGCAUCUGGUCAGGAUGCCACCUGGACGCCUCCGUGGUGAGGAGAUCAGAGCAGGAGGCCUUGAGGAAGACCCAGGACAUGUUGGAGAGACUAUGCCUCUCAACUGGCCUAGGAACGCGUAGGGAUCCUCCAGGAGGAACCUGGACGGAGAAGCCAGGGAUCGGGAAGUCUGGGGCUUCUCUGCUUAGGCUGCCUGCCUCGUGGACCUAAAACCGGAUAAGCGGAAGAUGAUGGAUGGAUGGAUGGAUGGAUGGAUGGAUGGAUGGAUGGAUGGAUGGAUGGAUAGAUGGAUAGUUUUACCUUUGUCAUUUUGUCAACAAAUGAUCAUUUUGACUCAUGUAGCAAAGCAAAACUUUUUUUCUGUAGCUGUAAAUGUGUGUACAUUUAUUUGGGUAACAUUGUCUGUAGUAUUGACGGUGUUCCAGUGAAAUCAAUAACUGAAGGUUCUGUUUUUAAGUUUGUAUGUUUUUUCUUAUCUUUUGUUUGCUUCAGCCCUGGGAAUCAAAAAAUCCCAUUUAGUUUAUUGGCAUUCAAAACAAAAAAAUCUUCAACCGAAGGUAAUGAAUAUCUUUGCCCACCAGCCAAGUAUGUGACACAUCUAUGGCCACUUUUGUUAAAAAACAAAUACAAACCUUGGUACACUAUUUGCCGAAAACUGGAAGCAUUUCUCAGGAUGGUAUUUCAUGCUGAUAAUGUACGUCAUGUUUUUACGGGAGAAUCAUAAAGUUUCACAUUUUAUCACUGCGGUACUGUUUUUGACACAACAAUGUUGUAGAUUAAAAUUCUACAGCAUAUUAUUUUGAUCCAUAUCUUCUGUGGACUGGAUUAUUUUUCAAUGUAUUUAUAGCAACAAGGAACAUAAUUUAUCCUGUCAGCAGGUACAACACACUGCCACACAAACCUUAAAAAUAAUACACUUGUACAUGUACUUGCAGUUGUAAUAUGUAUGCUUGUAAAUAACUUCAAUAAAUGGCCUACUGCUG